UUAUUUCUCUUGCUUUGUAGCCCUCACCACAAGAAAGAAGACAAAAGAACAAGAGACUCGGACAGACUUGAGCAAUAAAUUGCAUUGUCAGUAUGGCACAGAAGGAGAAGUUGCAGUGUCUCAAAGACUUCCAUAAGGACACAUUGAAGCCGUCUCCUGGCAAGAGUCCCGGCACGCGUCCGGAAGACGAGGCGGAGGGCAGAGCGCCGCAGCGGGAGAAAUGGGCCAGCAAGCUGGAUUUCGUGCUCUCUGUGGCCGGAGGUUUUGUUGGUUUAGGCAACGUUUGGCGUUUCCCGUACCUCUGCUAUAAGAAUGGCGGAGGUGCAUUUCUCAUCCCCUACUUCAUAUUUCUGUUUGGCGGAGGGUUGCCUGUCUUCUUUCUGGAGGUGGCGCUCGGCCAGUUCACCUCUGAGGGAGGAAUCACCUGCUGGGGGAAACUCUGCCCCAUUUUCACUGGAAUCGGCUACGCCUCGGUGGUGAUCGUGUCCCUGCUGAACAUCUACUACAUCGUGAUCCUGGCGUGGGGUCUGUACUACCUUCUGCAGUGUUUCCAGCACGAGCUGCCCUGGGCCCGCUGCAAGCACAGCUGGAACACGGAGAACUGUGUGGAGGACACCGUCCGCAAGAACAAAACCCUCUGGCUCUCCACCAACACUGUCAACUUCACCUCGCCGGUCACCGAAUUCUGGGAGCGGAACGUCCUCGGCAUCUCUUCGGGGAUCGACGAGGUCGGCGGUCUGAAGUGGGACCUGGCGUUGUGUCUGCUGGCCGUCUGGAUCGUCUGCUUCUUCUGCAUCUGGAAAGGAGUCAAAUCCACCGGCAAGGUGGUUUAUUUCACAGCGACGUUCCCCUUCCUCAUGCUGAUCGUGCUGCUGGUUCGUGGUGUGACUCUGCCUGGUGCCGCCGAGGGCAUCAAGUUCUACCUUUACCCUGAUCUGACCCGUCUAAAGGACCCUGAGGUGUGGAUUGAUGCAGGCACGCAGAUCUUUUUCUCAUAUGCUAUUUGUCUCGGUGCAAUGACAUCACUGGGAAGCUACAACAAGUACAAGUAUAACUGUUACAGGGACUGCAUGCUGCUCGGGUGCCUGAACAGCGGUACCAGUUUCGUGUCAGGCUUUGCCAUUUUCUCUGUCCUGGGGUUCAUGGCACAGGAGCAGGGCGUGGCCAUCGCAGACGUGGCCGAGUCAGGUCCUGGUCUGGCCUUCAUCGCGUAUCCAAAGGCCGUUACAAUGAUGCCACUGCCGACGGUCUGGGCGAUACUUUUCUUCAUAAUGCUUCUGCUGCUGGGCCUAGACAGUCAGUUUGUAGAAGUGGAGGGUCAGAUCACCUCGCUGGUGGACCUGUACCCAUCCCUCCUAAGGAAGGGAUACCGGAGAGAAAUCUUCAUCGCUGUUAUCUGCGUCAUCAGUUACCUGCUGGGACUCACCAUGGUCACUAAAGGUGGCAUGUACGUCUUCCAGCUGUUUGACUACUACGCCGCCAGCGGUGUGUGCCUUCUCUGGGUUGCAUUCUUUGAAUGUGUUGCAGUAGCCUGGGUUUACGGGGCUGAUAAUUUCUACGAUGCUAUAGAGGACAUGAUCGGCUACAGACCCAACAGCUGGAUGAAAUGGAGCUGGAUGCUGAUCACACCCGUCCUGUGUGUGGGUUGUUUUAUCUUUUCACUGGUGAAGUACAGGCCGCUCACCUAUAACAAGCUUUACAAGUAUCCUGAUUGGUCUGUUGGAUUGGGUUGGGUUCUUGCACUCACUUCUAUGAUUUGCAUCCCGAUGAUGGUCGUCAUCAAAAUCAUCCAAUCAGACGGCUCCCUGAUAGAGCGGAUCAAAGCGGUGGCGGCGCCCGUUAAAGGAGGCGCGAGCUCUCGUCCGAAAGAGUACGGCCUGAAGAACAGCGAGCUGCUUCACCCUCUGGACCCCAACGGCAUCCACGUCUUCACCAAACACACCCACACCAUCGUAGAAACUACUAUGUGAGACUCUCUAAGAGAGAUUCCCAUAUUCCCCUGCUCCUGUCCUCUCCUAUGGGAGAUCCCGUUUCAUGUGUUGUCCCUCUCCCUUCCCCUCUGUUCCUCUCUCUCGCUCUGCACUGGUGCGUUUUUACGAAAUGAUCUCUUAUAUUCAUAUAUCUUUUUUUGCCAUGUAGGAUUUGUAAUCACUGGUAUUAGCAUUAAUGCUGAUAUUGUAAUAACCUGAUGUGAGCUUUAGCUGUCUGGGGCGGUUUGAUUAAUCUGUAGUGCAGUUUCACAUUAAACCGUGUCCUAAUCAGGAGCGACACAGGAUUUACAGCGCAUCGCUUUACUAUCUCUAUCAUAUCAAUCCGAUUUUUGGUCCUAAACAGUCACGAUGAGAGAUUUUGCUUUUCGAUUUCGGUCCCGUCACUCUGGGUAGCCCCGCCCACAGUGAAAUCCCAUUGGUCCAAAAUCGUGUUCCGCAUAAAUUUACAUAAAACAUUUUAUAUUCUUAUUGUGUUUCACUUUCUCUAAGGAGUUGUAUUGUGGAAAUUAUGUUGCACCUGAUUAGGACACAAUUCAUCAGCAGAGAGAGCGAGUUUUAGCUUCGUUUUUAGGAAAAAAAAAUGAAAACAGCAGCGAACUAAAUGUGACAUUUAGCUCCGUCCGUCAGUGGUUGUGGCUGUAACUCUUGUACGAUGAGGUUCUUAAAUGUUCUUGAAGAAAAAUGAAUGUACCUCCGCUUUGGGCGGACGCUGUGCACAGUCAUGCACACACACACAUGUAAGACAUAAGCAAACCUUAACGCUCUGUCCUUCAGUCUCUCCUUGAACUAUAGUGAUCACUGCCAUCGCACACAUCGAGUUCAUUUAACACUGUAGGCAGCUCUGUUCACUAAUAUAAAUAUCGUUUGAUGCACUAUUAUGAGCGUCGUUCACUGUAAGCUGAUCCGAGAGCUGAUGAUUAUCAACAGCCGUUUGGCAGCACUUUACUAGCUCUUCAUGUACAGCGAGAUCCGAAAGUCUGAGACUAUGGCUGUGUUCGAAAUCGGCCCCUAUGCACUCAUUCACUACCCACUAAUACAGUCCACUAGACAGCUUGCUGUUUAAUGAACAAAACUAGCAGCUCCAGUAGUAAGAUGAAAAUACAUAUCUUGAACCUUAACUAAACAAUUUAAUAAUAAUUUAAAAUGGAAUUGAUACCUGUAUGAUAUCAUGCUGUAGCCACAUUGGUCCAGCGGUUUGGAAAAUGGAUGGAUGGAUGAUUCAGCUGCGGCGCCAUCUUCUGGUCAGACACGGGAAUUCAUUCAGUGCAUUAUGGGUAUUCUCUGGUGCAUUGUGGGAUUGAAUUAGUGCACUCGAUUACGUCCAUUAUGGUUUUCGGACACCACUACAAAUGGCUGUCUCAAAUAGUGCACUUUUUAAGGAUAUAGGGAGCGAUUUCGCACACAGCCUAUAUAUAUACAUUUUUUUCAUUUUACUUAACAUUUUCUUAAAUCUUAAAACUUUUCUACUUCCCCCUCUGUAAUAAAAAAACUGUUAACUUCAGGGAAUUUCUACUUUUUUCAAGAAAAGAACGUGAUCAAUCUUAUUUUAAUCAUUUGGUAUUGUAUACAUAGACACUGGUUUCCCCCCCCCCCAAAAUAUUUGAGCUAUGAAUUGAUAAAAAAGGAUUUUUAUUUUUAGAUUUAAUGUGAAUGCUGAUGAAAUGUGUGUAUAUUUAUUUAUCAGAUUGUUUUCAUUGUGAAUUGUAUCAGAAUCAGGGGCGGACUUAACCAAUAAACAAGGUAAGCUUAGGGCCCCAACAAAUACCCAACGGACCUUGUAAACCAAUUUGACAAUGAAUAUUUGACAUUUUAUUUAGAAAUGAAGAAAAAAUGGUGCUUAAUUUGGUGUGUUGGGGCCCCACACCAGGGCCCCCAAAUCACUGUCCCUGAUCAGCAUAAGCUGACAUGAACAAAACCUCAUGAGCUAAAGCACCUUGCGCUACGAUGUACAAAGAGUCACAUGAUCAAUGUCGCUGCUAAUGACCUUGCUUAUGUAGAUUUUGACUGCCACAUGUUUCAGACUUUUGGAGGCCGCUGUACAGUAUAUCACAUGAUUCAGCACAGCCAAACCGCUCGUCAUCAUAAAGCCAUCAGCUUUCAGAAUGAGCGCAGGAAACCUGGGCUUUAUGUCCUUGCACAGAGACACUGCCAUUUCCCUCUCUGGACUAAAAAUGAGAUUGUUUCUUUAGCCUUAAAACGUCUAAAUAAAUAUUCAAGCUAAUCACCAACAGCAAAGAACUGCCCCUGAUAAUGCCUCUGUGUCCUUUACCUUUGACCAUCCAGGCCUCCAAAAACACCGUCCUCAUGGUCGACCCUCUCUAACCCCAAUGUCUUUGGGCUGCGUUCGAAAUCACAUACUACCCUACUGUAUAGAAGGCAAAAAACAGUAUGUCUGAAUUUACAGCACUCAUAAAAGAGUAGGUAAAAAGUACCGAGAUCACCUACUAGUUCCGGUGAGAUCCUGAUGUGUGCAUACGAUGGACACUGUACUAUCCCAUGAGGCCACGGGGGAGGAUUUGUGAAUGCGACAUAACUAAUAAUGACAACAGGGCGAAUGUAGUACAUUCAUACUUCAAGCAUGGAACGUACUUUUAAGUGCUCAGAAAGUUAGUAUUCAUUCAAAACAAGCGAUUUCGGACGCAGCCCAGAUCAUCCAACCUGACCUAGGACCCUUGAACCCUCACCGAUCAUGAGCUAUCCGUUAACUAAGCAAGUGUUUGCUCAUUUGUAGUAUUUUCAUUUAUCUGAAAUUUGCCUUUUUGUAUUUAACCAUUUUAUACUGUACCUGAUGUGAUUGGUCAUUUGCCUAUAUUUUUUCUGAAUGUAUUCAGAAAUUUAUAUUUAAACGUUGGUUAGUUGUCGGCCUCAAAGCAACUAGCAGUGUGCAAUAUUUGUAAACUACAGGCUUUGUCCAUUUUUAUUAUAAUUUCAGCUGGAAAAUACUGUAAUAUGAUGAAAACAAGAAAUUUUUCAUUCACAUUUUGCUGUACUAUAAGGUAACUGGAUUAAACAAAAACAAACGAAAAAAUCUUGUAAAACCAAAGUAGUUUUGUGACAGACCAUUCUAGAUGCUUAUUGCAUCUUUCAGACAAAAUAAAAAUGUCCAAUCUUU